AUGAAAGUCAGCCAGCUCUACGUCUACCCGAUCAAGUCGCUGCGGCCGACUACCGUCAACGAGGGCAUCUUAACUCCACGCGGCUUCCAAUAUGACCGUCACUUUAUGCUCCUCAAGGUCUUGCCCGCCGAGGAUGGCUCCGACACCACGACCCUGAAGAACAUGCAUGUCCCCCACUUCCCCGAGAUGGCCCUUUUCCAUACAGACAUCGAGUACCCCCAGACCGAGAACGACACCGGAAAAGUAAUAGUCACAUACCACCCACCACCAUCAGAGUCUGGACCCGAACCCCACGAGCGCAAGAGACUCGAGAUCCCUCUCCAGCCCAACACAAAGACCCUCAACCCUCUCACAGUCACAAUGCACCAAAGCCCAACAACAGGCUACAACAUGGGCGCUGAAUACAACGACUGGUUCAGCGCCUGUUUUGGAUACCCUGUAAUCCUCGCUUACCUCGGACCGAACUCACGAGAAGUACUGGGCACAUUAGCACCAGCAAAAGCCAACAAAAGCCCAGCUCUGCGCGGAAUCUGGAACAUCGUUACAAACAAAACCACAGACAAAAAGCGAGAGUGGUUCUUACCCGUGCUGGUGGUCGCAUUCGUGGCCAACAUACUCAUCCAAGCAGACAGCUUCAUUCGACAGGGAAAGACACCCCAUACAGCAAGUAGUCUGCUGCCCGCACUCCUAGCACCCGUUGCGUUAGUAUUGUAUUACAUGCUACACGCACAGCCUGAAGACCGCAUCACCUUCGCCGACUGUGCGCCCUACCUGGUUAUCUCCGAGACAUCCGUUGAUAAUGUCUCGGCACGAUUGCCGGACGGGACGGAGAUGGAUCGGACUAAAUUCCGGCCUAACAUUGUUGUUUCGGGGGCUGAGAAUGCCUUUGAAGAGGACUUUUGGAGUGUGCUUACUUUAGGCUCUGAAAAGACGCGGUUGUUGUUGACGGGGAAUUGUGUGCGCUGUCAGAGUCUUAAUGUUGAUUAUACUACUGGCAAGAUGGGGACUGAUGAGUCUGGGACUGUACUUAAGAAAUUGAUGAAGGAUCGUAGGGUGGAUAAAGGGGCGAAGUUUAGUCCUGUCUUUGGGCGCUACUCAUUUUUGGAGCCCCGCGGGAGUGGGACGAAUCUUAGAGUUGGGGAUGAGGUUGUUGUUGCGGAGCGUGGCAAGGAGAGGACUGUCCUCGAUUGGCCCGGCUUGACGAAUUGA